AUGUCCGCUCCAGGAAGUAUACAGAUAUCCAGAGAAACUCUAUCUAGAAUCUUAACUCAGUCAUUCAAAAACAAGUCCACAACCAUAGACGACCAAGCAUUGACAUCCGUCCAAAAGUAUGUGGAGACUUAUGUACAGGAGAUAAUACUCAGGUCCUUAGAGAAUAAAGACUUAGGUGUUAACCCUGCUGAACUUACAGAAAGGGACAUAGAAAGAAUUCUUGGCCUGCUUCUGCUCGAUAUGCCAUGA